CCCUCAAGGAACCGCAGCUACCCCUUCAGGGGCCGAGACAGCAGAUACAUAACUCCAGUGAUGGCUCUGGUGGUAAAUCUGACCACCAUCCCCGAGUCCACAUUAAAUCGUGACUUCUCCAUUGAGAUCACGUGUGGCAUCAACCUCACUGCUGUGGGGCUGGCCAAUCCACCUGCAGAACUCUCUCGCCUCUACGAACUGCCCAGGAGCAGCUCGGUCACCAUAUCCGUCAAGCUUUAACCCUUUUGUGACUAUAUACCAUUAACCCUAA